AUGACGAACAAGCCGCAAGCGCCUCAAGCCGCACCUGUGUUCGGCACUGCCGCCAAAGGCGAAAUCGUCACCAUCUUCAUCGGUCCGGAGAAGAAGCGCUACAACAUUCACAAAGACGUCAUCUGCCACCAUUCGGAGUAUUUUCGCACUGCGUACAACGGGCGCUGGAAAGAGUCGGACGAGGGCGCGACACUGGAGGAUAUCGAGGUCGAAGUGUUCAACAUUUUCGUUCACUGGCUAUACGCUCAAACGCUGCCCAACUGCCCACAACUGAUCCUGCGGCUAGCAGAAGAAACUGAUCCUGGCUCUGAACUGGGCUGGUCCAGAUAUCGCCACGCUUGGGAGCUCGUCUUGAAGUGUGGUAUGUUCGGAGAUCGAUUCCUUACUCCAGCCUUCCAUCAUCUCGCACAUAACACAUUCGUCAAUGUGCAAUUUGGGGAAGGAGUGGAUGGUGGAGCCAGUGGCGUUUCCUACGCGACUAUCAUAUGGGCCUUUGACAACCUGCCGUCGGACAGCCUGAUCCUCGCUAUGAUGGUUGACUUGCAGUGCAUUGCGUGGAAUGAGGAACAAGACGACGAAGAAGAAAAAAGUGACCUGUCGCAGUUGCCAAACGAGUUCCUUGUUGCCGUUAUGCUGAAGCAAAACAAGAUCCGGGUAUGCGAUGAAACGACGGAGUUGUCUGCUUGCGACUAUCAUCUUCACGAGUCCGAGGAAGAAAAGAAGGCUUGUCCUGCCAAUGGGAAGUAUUGUAAGAGCUAG